AGGUACACCUACUGUUAACAAUAUAUAACAAUCAGUAGUCAAAAGCUUACUGCCUUUAGGAAAGCAGAUUGUAGGGUGAGACAGUAAAUGAGCUAGCAGCAAGAGCUGCUGAGUAAAUGAAAGAGCUGCUGCACUGUGGAACCUGAUGUGAGAAAAACACAAGCAAAUCUUUCCGAGUGGAGAAGCAGCUGUCCCCCAGGAGGAGCAAACAGAAUCACUUCUAGAAGAAACAUGUUCCGGAAAAGACUUCUACUUGCUGGAAUUGUGAAUGUUCGAAAUAUCAUUUUGAACACAUUGCAGCCGAAAGGAAUAAAUAUACUAAGAAGAACACUGACAGAUAAACAGAACGUCUCAAAAGAAUCACUGACUUAUUCUGAGAAGAUCCAAGAAAAAGGCAAAGAACCCCCAGUUAUAUGCUGCUGUUUUUUAAAACCCCAACAGAUCUGGAGUCGUCUACCGUGCUUGAAAGCAGUUGUGCUAUACAAUGACUCUUUGCCAGAGAGACAUCCCAAUUUAUAUACGAUGGAAGAAUUUAUGGAGUUGGGAAAUGAGAUACCAGAUGCUACACUCAAUGACAUCAUUAGCUCUCAAAAGCCAAAUCAAUGUUGUGUGCUAGUGUACACUUCUGGAACAACCGGGAAGCCAAAAGGAGCCAUGCUGAGUCAUGACAAUAUAACCUGGACAGCAGCACAUGCCAGCAGAGCAGGGGAUAUGCAACCGGCAGAAAUCCAACAGGAGAUUAUAGUCAGUUACCUCCCGCUCAGCCACAUAGCUGCUCAGAUAUAUGACCUCUGGACUGGAAUCAAGUGGGGAGAGCAAAUUUACUUUGCUGAGCCAGAUGCUUUAAAGGGCAGCUUGGUCAAUACACUGAAAGAAGCACAGCCAACAUCUCAUAUGGGAGUUCCACGAGUAUGGGAGAAAAUCAUGGAGAAAUUAAAGGACACGUCUGCUCAGUCAGGAUUUAUGAAAAAGAAAAUGUUAUCAUGGGCCAUGUCCAUUAGCUUAGAGAGGAACCUAAGCUGCUCAGGAAGUACUCUGGACCCAGAUACAUCCGAUCCUACUGACAAUCUGAGUGAGCAAGCCAGAGAAUUCUGCCAGAAAAUUGGCAGCAAAGCCAUGAAAGUGUCAGAGAUUGUGGCAACAAGAGAUCAGGCUGUUUACCAGGCCAUUCAAGAAGGAAUCGAUAGAGUCAACAUGAAGUCCACGGCCAGUGUUCAGCAUAUUCAGAAAUGGACAGUCCUGGAAAGAGAUUUCUCCAUUUCUGGUGGAGAAUUUGGUCCUACGAUGAAAUUAAAACGACCUGCUGUGCUUGAAAAAUACAAAGAUGAAAUUAAUUCAUUUUACAAAGAAUAAAAUUAGUCUUCAUGCCAAGUAUUAUCUGCAAGUUUCCCAAGAAGCAAAACAAAUUCACCAACUCUGUGUUACAGGAAACAGCUCCCAACAAAUGCAUUUGAGGAUUUACAUUUCUAGGCGAGCACACCUAUCAUUUGUUUUGCACCCUAUGCAACAGGCAUUAGAAGAGAAACAUCCAUGUAAAGAUCUAGUUGUAAUUCUACAUGCAAAGUAAUAAAAUUUCUUGCUACAGAUAAGUAUUCCUA